CCUCCUCCUCGUUUCCACAACAAGAGAGAGAAAGUUAGAGAGAGAAGCUAGAGAGAGAGAGAGAGAAAAAUGUCACUCACAUAAAAAACACACACCUCUCUUCUUCUUUGCAGAAAAGACAAGACGCUUUUCUCGUCUGGAACACAGUAUACAACAGUAAACCAACCCUUCUUCUACUAAUCAAAGAAUCUCUCUCCACAAACAAGGUUGAAUUGCUGCGCAAGGGACUCAGAUUUCUUGAUUUCUAAUUUUGGCUCUUCUUUUGAUUUCUCUGUUUUAGAAACUAUCUCCAAAAAGAAAGAGAAAAAAAACCCUGUAAUUCUUCAAACCAACGAAGUUCUAGAGAGAGAAAGUUCUAGAGAGAGAGAGAGAGAUUCGACCAUGUCGGUAGCUUUGCUGUGGGUGGUAUCUCCCACAUCGGAAUUCUCAAAUGGCACCGUGUUCCUCGAUUCCUUUCGAGCUGUCGCUAGGUGCAACAAUCUAAUAAAAAAGGGUCAGAAAAAGAGUCGAAAAUUCGGCUCAACGAACGCAGAUUCGGGGUACAGAUCGAGCAGAUUCUCUAUAACCAAUAGCAUGAUAGCUACUCCAGCUGGCGAAAUCGCCUUAUCGUCCGAGCAGAAAGUCUACGAUGUGGUCUUGAAGCAAGCAGCUCUGGUUAAGAGACGGAUUAAAAAAUCGAACGAGGAUUUGGAAGUGAAGCCGGAUAUUGUUCUUCCCGGUACGGUUACCUUGUUGAGUGAAGCUUACGAUCGAUGCCGUGAAGUUUGCGCAGAAUACGCCAAGACGUUUUAUCUCGGAACGUUGCUAAUGACACCCGAGAGGCGAAGAGCUAUAUGGGCGAUGUACGUGUGGUGUAGGAGAACCGACGAACUCGUAGACGGUCCAAACGCGUCGCAUAUAACUCCAACCGCAUUGGAUAGAUGGGAAGACAGGCUGGACGAUAUUUUCAGCGGGCGACCUUUCGACAUGCUCGACGCCGCUUUGUCCGAUACCGUUACUAGGUUUCCUGUCGACAUCCAGCCAUUUAAAGAUAUGAUUGACGGUAUGAGAAUGGACCUGUGGAAAUCGAGAUACAAGAACUUCGACGAGUUGUAUCUCUACUGUUACUAUGUAGCUGGUACUGUUGGAUUAAUGAGUGUGCCGAUUAUGGGCAUAGCACCCGAAUCGCAGGCUACAACGGAGAGUGUGUAUAAUGCUGCUUUGGCUUUAGGUCUGGCUAAUCAGUUGACCAAUAUUCUCCGAGAUGUUGGUGAAGAUGCGAGGCGAGGAAGAGUGUAUCUACCGCAGGAUGAGCUGGCGCAGGCGGGACUAUCCGAUGAAGAUAUAUUCGCCGGGAAAGUGACGGAUAAAUGGAGAAAUUUUAUGAAGAAGCAAAUUGCUAGGGCGAGGAAAUUCUUCGACGAUGCAGAGAGUGGUGUCACUGAGCUAAGCGCAGCUAGUAGAUGGCCUGUGUGGGCAUCGUUGCUUCUGUAUAGACAAAUACUGGACGAGAUAGAAGCGAACGACUACAACAAUUUCACGAGGAGGGCUUAUGUUAGCAAACCGAAGAAGAUUCUUGCUCUGCCGCUUGCAUAUGCAAAGUCGCUUGUUCCUCCGUCGUCCAAACCCUCGUCUACUCUUGUAAAGACAUGAGUAGAACAUUUCACCAUCAAUCUAUAUAUAUAAUAUAUAAUAAUAUAUAUAUAAGUUUAUUAUUUGUUACUGAAGUAUACAGUUGUGAAGGAAAAAGACCAGAUACUUUUGUACAUCCAAGUAAUUGUGGCAAUUUAGUGAGAAAUUGAAAUAUAGAAAGUAGCAUAUUGACUUGUUUGUUUCUCUCCUGAAAAAAUGGAGGGCUUUGUUGUGUUC